AUGGGAACCGCCACCGGCACCGUCCUCCCUUCUUCUACCUCCGUCACCUCACCACCCCCCGGUCCGGCGUAUAAGCGCGCAAGCCGCAAAGGCGCGACUAAGCGAUUUGCCUGUAACUAUGAGGACUGCAACAAGGUGUAUUCCAGGGCAGAGCAUCUCCAACGCCAUCAGCUCAACCAUGAUCCCAAGGAGAUAUACCGAUGCGAUUUUUCCGGCUGCGAACAGCAAUUCGUUCGUGCUGAUCUCCUGUCACGCCAUCGAAAACGGCAUUCGGCCUCUUACGUUCCAAGAAACCGCGUACCUAGCUUCAGCACCCCUAAGGACCAUCAUGACCUGCCCACUCCAGGCCAAUCAACCUCCUCUCAGGGCCAGACGCCCGCCUCGUCCACUUCUCACCAGGUAGCCAUCGAGUCUCGCUCCAUCUUCCAAGGUGCCCCCCAUGAUGCUGCCAUCCUUCUCAUUCCUGAUUCCCGCUCGCAACAACCGCAAUCGCAACACCAGGUUCUGCCGUCUCUGCAGCAUCUCCACCCCCACUGGACAUCUCCAACAAGCAACAUAUCUUCUGCCCAUGCUCUUCCGCCAAAGAACGGGUUUUUCCAACAAAAUGUAAACCACGGCCAUUUAGCCGGCCAACAGCCGCCCCUUCUACCAUAUAACCCCAAUGUUGACUUUCCCAGCGAGGACCUGGCCAGAGAGAACUUCGCCGUCUGGCUGUUCAACCCGCAAGACUAUAACUGUGAUCUCAGCGUCUCCCAUCUCCCGUUUCUCGAUGGUGGACUAGAGUCAGCAUUGAACAACAACAUUCAUUACGAUUAUGACUCCAUCACCAGCGGUCGCUCUCAGGUCGAUAGUACCCCCACGCGGGUCACCGAGUCCGAUAGCGAUUUCAUCACCGAGGCCCGGCUCCAGGAACUAUCCAGCCUGUUCUUCGCAUAUAAUGCGAAGCAGUUGAGAUGCAGGCCCAAUAGCCUGCGCAUCACAGAGGUUGUUGACAAGAGUGGCUGUGGAACUAUGCCGGUCCUAAAUCUCGAUAUGACGCGCGACUGCUUACAAGAGUAUUGGGACCAUGUGUCGGCUCGCCUCCCCAUUGUUCACCAACCCACCUUCUCUUACAAUAAGUGCUCGGUGUACCUCCUCCUAGUCAUGAUUGCGCUAGGCGCUGCGUCGCUUCGCAUGAGAAACUGUGGCGACUGCUACACCCACUACGACGUCGUUGCUGACAUAAUCGUCCUCGGUGUGCGGUUGGAUAUACUGGGCACGGAAGAAGCAAUUCCGCCUAUAGCACUAUGGGUUGCGCAGGCGUUAGUCUUGCUCGAGUUCUACGAGAAGCUCUACUCGUCCAGACUCCUACACGAACGAGCCCAAACCUACCACCCAGUCACUCUCAACCUUCUACGUCGAGGAAGUCCACUCAUCGGCCGCUCAGGUAGCGAAUCGCCUCCGGAACCAACCGGCUCAGCAGAUUAUAACGGCAACAGCACUCAAAGUGUCACGAACCUGGACUCCCGGACUUGGUGGUCUCGAUGGGCGCAAACAGAGUCAAUGCAUCGCGUUGUCUUUGCCGCAUUCAUGCUGGAUAUCACUCAUGCAGCAAUGUUUGGCCAUAAAGCCGACAUGGUGCCAUAUGAGAUACAGCUACCACUACCAUGCGAUGAUAAUCUGUGGUCGGCUUCGAAUCCCGACAAUGUCCGCCAGCUCGAUCAAAACCUCCGAAUGUAUGGCGUCAAGCCAGUAUCGUUCCUCGAGGGGCUAAAACUCGCAAUUCACGGCAAAGAAGUCAUGACCCAUUCAUUUGGCCGCAUGAUCAUCAUGUCAGGUCUCCUCAGUGUCGGUUGGCAUCUUCGACGCAAAGAAACACACAAUCUGAUGGAUCUUACAAGGAUUCCCAACAGCAAAAGUGAUAGCUGGAAGAUGACUCUGCUGAGCGCCUUUGAUCAAUGGAAGGCCUACUUCGACAAAGCUCAGGGGUCUCUAGGAGGGUCAAACAUGGUUGAUCCCAUUGUACCCUAUGCCGGUUCAAACGGCCCGAUACAGAGUGCCGCAGUGCUCUAUCAUUUGGCACAGUUCAGUUUGUUUGCAGACAUCUUGGACUGCCAGAUCCUUGCCGGCGCAAAACGUCUCUUGGGCAAGAAAAUAUCAGAUCAAGCCUACCUCAAAGUCGUGCCCAAAAUGAAGGCCUGGGCAAGCAUGCCAGGUACUCGUCAUGCGAUUCUUCAUGCCUACAAGGUCCUCCAUUGUAUCCUUGUUGACCCACGCGGAAACAAGGGCGAGCAGAAUUGGCAAAACAAAGGCCACGGGCUUCCACCGAUGACUAUGCAACCAUACUCUUGCCGUAACGAGCCUGAUCCGCACCGGCCAUGGAUCAUGUAUUACGCUGCCCUAAGCAUCUGGGCCUUUGUCCGUGCGUCUACACUUACUAGUGCUGCGCCCGUCUCGAGUAUUACUUCUCGCUCCAGGAAACCCGAGCAAGUCAACUUCAAUCGCGUUGCCGCUUAUCUCUCCAAAGUCGCAGCUCUGUCCGAGUUGCCGGAAUCCGCCGCAGCUGGCCUCAAGGAUGGGUUGCCUGAAUUGCUUGACGUCCUGUGCUCAGUCCUCUACGAAGCCAACUCGGAACUUCUCAGAGAAGCAUGUGAGCGGCUCACAUGCUGCAAAGAUAUUCUUACCUCAGAGCAGUGA